AAAGGUAUAGAGAUGAGGCACAAUAAAGAAAGAGAAAAGGCUGUACAACUUGAAGGAGAGAGACGAAUGGUCCGGCAGAUCAAGGUCAGCACCACAAGUCGCACGAAAGAGAGACGCAUUCGACUAUCACCUAACACUGCGAUUCAGUUUUACGAUGUGCAAGAUCGGCUAGGGUAUGAUCGAGCUACCAAUGCAAUUGAUUGGCUCAUGAAGGAAGCCAAAGUUGCCAUUGAUGCACUCGGUGAUGUAAAUCAAGAUGAUAAUCAGGGGAACAAAAUGCCAGCUACCACCACCAUUUUCAACCCUUCAGAGACAUUUCUUCCAACAACCUAUGAUCAGAUUCAGCAGAACACGAAUCAUGAACAAACAAACAGUUUAGAUCACAACCUGUCUGCGCUCAUGAAUCCAAUCAACAGAUGCCCUCAAGAAAUCGACCUCUUUUCAACCUCAAAAGCCUCAGUGGAUUUCACAUGGAGUCCAAAUUACAACAGAGGAGAAGGUUAUGGUUUUGUUAAUCGUGAACCCAUUCAAUCCAGUUUCGCUCCUCCAAUUGCACAUACAUCGAACAAUGGGUUCUAUGGAUGUUAUUUUCAGCAAGAAAUUCAGGUUCAAGAGGAUGAAAAGGAUAAUCUUCGGAGUUGACUAGUUGUACCCGGGCCUUAUCUCCCCUCUAGUACUUCGGUUUUGCAUUAUCCAGAAUAGCACAAUCAAAUCUUGAAGCCACAUGGUACCGAUGUUUCAAAAUCUUACUUCUAUCAAUUCGGUAUUUCUUUUUAUGUGAUCGUUACGACAAAUUCAAAGUCAAAUGUUUAUGGGAUUUAGUCAUUUCGAGGUAAACGCUAAAAUAUUUAUCCAAUGUAGAAGUAUAAGAACUUUUACAGAAAAGUAUUUGUCGUAAUAUUAUCUAGACGCAAGAAUGGUCCUAUGAAUUUUUUUGGGUUUUGAUCCCAAAGUUUCAAAUUCAAAAAUAUACUGUUAACCAGAAUAAUGGUGGAGGUCCCCCUGUUAACCAAUAUAACGGUGAAAGUCAUAUUAUCAUCACAUUCUCUACCAUUAACCAUGGGAUAACUAUCACUAAACACACAACUCCAUUUCAUUUUUUUAAUUAAAUCUAAAUCAAAAUACAUAAAAAAUCAAAUAAUUUUUUUGUAAAUACUAAUUUUUAUUAAUUUAAAAUACCAAAUUACAUUAAUUAAAAUACAAAAAAAAAAACAUUAAAAAUAAAAACAGAACUUCAAAAUACAUUACUUA